AUGGCGGUGCCCACUCUCGAAGGACUGCCGGAGGAGCUAAUAUGCGAGACUGCUGAAUACCUCUGCCCGAAAUCCUUCCGCUCACUUCGGCUCACUUCACGCACGAUGGCUGCGAAAUCCUUCCCUGCAUUUGCGAAGAGUCAUUUCAGAAAACUAACCGUCUUGUUUACUCUUUCGGGUCUGGAAAAACUGGCCAACAUCUCACAGAGCAUUUUCGCCCCCGCUGUACAAGCGAUCUACCUCCGCUCAGUUUAUUACGACCAUGGCGAGCUACAAGACUUGAACGACACCUUGGCCGAAGAGACUUAUGAUGACCAGAAACACAUGACGAAAAUCGAAAAUCGAAUCAAAGUCCUGCGAGAUGCGCAGUAUGACUCGUUGUUUUGUCAAACUAUGGAUAGACAUGUCGGUCUUCUGGCCUCGGCACUCUCUAAAUUCGAGAACUUAGACAUUGUUAGUCUCGACACAGUUUCCGAAUGGGGUGAUAGAGUGGGCCGUAUAUCCAGUUGGCGCGUCAUGAAACCUCUUGCCCAUUGGCAAUCAGAAGCUCUACUCUCGGCAAUUGCAGCUUCGGGUGCAAAACUCAGGGAUCUUAUCAUCAAGGCCGGAAAGUCUACUGGCCCCAAAGAUAACAAAACGGCAAGCAAAACCAUCAUCACGGACCCUCAGUCUCUUGCGAGCUUGUCCAAGCUAAGGCUAGGUUUCGAUCCUAUAGAGCCAAUUGGUAAUUUUGGUAUUGAUGGUAGUGAUGGUGGUGAUAUCCUCCAAACCCUUGCAAUUGGCAGCGUGAGCGGAUGGUGUAGUAUUCCAGAGAUCUGUACAUCAGGAAUCACAGCAGCUAUUACUCAACAAGCUCUUCGCAACCUCGAGAUCAGCAACGUAGAGAUAACGUCAAAGGACCUACUGAAAGUUUUGGAUAACAACAAGCAUACUCUACGCGUGUUGACGCUGCAGUACAUCGACCUUCGUCUUGGGGACUGGCCCAGUAUCUUCGAGGUAUUGCGGGACACCAUGGAUUUGGAGACGUUGAAAUUUACGCGCAACAUGAACGACCGCACCUAUCUCAGGUUCUUUUUCCCAGGAAAAGAAGCAUGGAACAUCCACAUGGGACAAAUGGUGAAUUCAGACUUCACCUUGGGCGACGAAUAG